GUCAGAUUUUUUCGCGCGCAUUCGACUGAUUUGCGAAAUCUGUGGACAUGCCGCGAUCGUUUCUAGUAAAAAGCAAGAAGGCGGCGACGCACCACGAAUUCGCCGAGGUGGGAAGUGCGUUCACCGUGGUCACGCCGAAGCAUCGCAGAGAAGAGGGCGGCCCGAUGCCCGUCCGACCUCCGCACUCGCCGUACGCGGCCGCCACGUUCCCGUCGUCGCAGCUGCCGUGCGCCGUGUUCGACGGCAUGCUUCCGAUGAAGCUGUGUCAGGAGAAUCUUGUCGCCGUCGCCGGCAGCUCGGCGCCCAUAUUUCCGUGGGUGUCCGACCACGGACUGUACCACCAGGCGUACGUCGCUCUGGGAACCAGCCUGCAACAAUAUCAGACGAGCGACCACAUGAACGAACUGCUGAAGCAAUCGCAAGGACGUAUGAGCUAUACCGACAUCUACCGAAGCUACUAUCAAGCAACCGACUUCAAACACAUUCUAAAAACGCUCAGCAUCGAACAGCCCCAUCUGUAUGGCGGUGGCAUCCCCGCUGGUUACGCCACCUACCUGGACGCCUACUUCAAACCGGACAAGAUGCCGGCGGAGAACACGAAGGAGAAUGACGCGACGAAGGACAACGGCAGCGUCAGCGUCAGCGUCAGCGGCGGCCCCGAAACCUACUCUUGCGUCAAAUGCAAGAAGAUGUUCAGCACGCCGCACGGACUCGAGGUGCAUGUGCGGCGGUCACACAGUGGCAAACGCCCGUUCGCCUGCGAUGUGUGCAAUAAGACAUUCGGCCACGCAGUGUCGCUCAGUCAACACAGGAUCGUUCACUCCCAGGAGAAGACGUUCUCGUGCAAGCAAUGUGGCAAGUCGUUCAAGCGCUCGUCGACGCUCUCCACACACCUACUCAUCCACUCGGACACGCGGCCGUACCCGUGCGAGUACUGCGGCAAGCGAUUCCACCAGAAGUCCGACAUGAAGAAGCAUACGUACAUUCACACCGGUGAGAAACCGCACAAGUGCUUGGAAUGCGGCAAGGCGUUCAGUCAAUCGUCCAAUCUGAUCACGCACAGCCGAAAGCACACGGGCUUCAAGCCGUUCGCCUGCGCCAUCUGCGGCCGCGCCUUCCAGCGCAAGGUCGACCUGCGUCGCCACAGCGAGACGCAGCACGCGGCGGGCAUUGACGGCGUCGCACUGAGCGGCGCGCCGACGCACAGCGUCAACGUCAGCGUCAACGUCAACGUCAACCCGGCGAUCACGCACCGGCCGUACGCGGACGUCGUCGGCGAGCCGCCGGAGAAGACGUCGCUGUUCAGUCCGCCGCCGUCGCUCACCCGUCAGCCGGGGCCACCGAAGGCGUUUAUGUCGCCCGUCGUGCAGCAGUCGCUGUUCCCGAGUCCGCAACGACUCGCAGAUCCGUUCUACAUGCGUCGCACCGAGCCGAGCAUGAUGCUGGCCGAGCACAAGGCGCUACGACCCGCCGAAAUCGCGCUGGAACGGCGCGCCUUCGGCCGACCUUUCCCGGAGGAGCGACCGCCACAGAUGGCGCCACCAUCGCACGCCGACUACGAGCAAAUGGCGCCCGAGACGCGAGGUUCGCCCACCGACGAGAUGAGAAGGCGAACGCCGUGCGGCGUACCGUCGCCGCGAGCAGAAGCGAGACAAUGCGGCCUCCAUAGCGCGUAGUCUCGAUCACUCGCGACAGGUUGGCGUUUACCGAGUUUGACCUUUAACGGUUUUCUACAAGAUACUCAAUCUAAAGACACUGUAUCGGACGCGUGUAUCAUAGGUGUUGCGCUGAGAGUCUGACGAUGAUGCAGUGAGAAAAAAUUUUAAAGACGCGUUCGACGUUAUGUAUUAUUUUUAUUCCUAUAGCCGUGAGUUAGCUGCCGAAUAUUCACUCCCCGCGCGGUUACGGCAUUAAUUACUCCCGUUACGUUCUUGGCGGAAAUAUCUUAAUGCAUGUGUGCAGAUCUCUUCAAUACUUCGCCAGCUCUAACACUAAAUGCGAACGAAUUGACUUCGUUGCAAACGUACUACGUUUAAUAUAAAUGUGAUUUAUGAGUUACGUGGCCUGCUAAGGUAUCUGGCCUAAUUUCGCUUCUCGUGUUGUGUCAGCAUAAUGUCACCCUGCAGAUAUCUAUAUCGCUGAUAUUCAGUAUGAGCACUGCAUAGGAGAGUUGACGAAUGUUUUAAGGCAGGUCCACGAAUGUUGUAUUAUUCCAUACCUACCGCGAACAUUAAAUAGAACGCCUCGUUAGCAUGGACAAGUUUAACUGUGGAUGGUCCUAGUCGGAAACACCGUUGGGUCAAGGGCUAAAUAGACAGAUGUACAAAAUUAUAUCUCCUGCUUAAAUACAAUAAUAGAAAACUGUUAAUGUCGCGUGUGGGUGGUGAGAGUUAACAGGUUACAAUUUUCGGUAAAUAUAAUGCUCUUGGGCAGAUUACUUUACCUUUGCCCUUUAAGUAUAUAAAUAGUGUGUAUGUAUAUAAUUAUAUAUAGGUUUGCGCGUGCGUGUGUGUGUGCGUGUGUGUGUGUGUGUGCGUGUGUGUGUAAUGUUGUGACAUCACGAUUAUGAGAUAUUAUCUACAUACACAAUAUUACGUGAGUUAUGAAAUUAGGACAUAAGUAAUGUGCAAAGUUAUUGAUCUUAAAAUAUUGUUACUUUAAUUUAUUUGGUAUGAAGUUUGCUGUGAGUUUGACUUUUAUGAUUAAAGUUUUUAAAACUGAAAAUACC